AUGUUUAAUUUAUCGUUAUUAAGACAAUUUUCGAGGUUGGCAAUAUGUCCCGCCACAAAGAUACCUAUUAGCAGUAGAAACAUUACAUCGACUGCAGCAGUUCAGUUUAAAAUUACAGAUCAACUAUGGGCCGAACCAAUGAAAAAGAAGAAGAAAAUAGAUCCAGCGAUUGUGAAGGCUCGUGAGGAGAGGCGUCGUAAGAAACUAGAGAAACAGAUCAGAAGGCUGGAGAAGAAUGCUAGACAGUUGAAGCCUAUUGAUGAGAUGGAAGUACCUCUUGAGCUGCUCGAUAACUUCAGCAAACGAAAGAGGCCACAGCCGAAGUUGUCAGCAGAGGUGAUAGAAGCCCGUGCACUUCUACAAAAGGACUGGGCGAGGUACAAGAAGGAGGAGUAUAUGGCAAAUGUGGCUCAAGUGGACAGAAUUAUGGGGGCGCAGCGAAGAGCCCUGGAGAAACUGCUUGAAGAGUCUGAAGAUCUGUAUAAUGAAGCCAUUAUGCCUGACUUGCACUUGAUUCCUUACGAAGUGAGCGGCACAGUGGCGACACCUGCGAUUAAAGACUACGCCACACCCGACGGCGAAUACGUUGAUGUAUCUAAGAAGUGGGACAAUUAG